AUGUGUAAACAAAAUCAUUCUGAUGAAAACAUAGCAUUAAAUAACCUAGCUUCUCUGAAUAAUGAAGAAGAAGUCGUCGAAGAAAACAAUCCUAUAGUAGUCCGUGCCGUUCCACGUGGUAUUUUCAUCGACUAUAUCAAAAGUUUAAAUACUAGAACAGAAGAGGAAGCAUUUAUUACUCCAAAUGUAGCAAUUCAAAUUAUUGAUUUUGUUAAUCUUCUCUAUCAUCGUACAGCUGUAACAACCGAAACAGCCAAUGCACUUGUUCAUAAAUGGUACAAAGUGCCAGUUACUAUUGAAAAAGUAACACCCUUCAACCAACGAACAAAAAGCAUUCAAGAUAUAAUUAAUCAUUUAGAGAUUGAUUGCAAUUUGGCAAAUUUAUUAACAGCCUGA